GUCUGCUACGUCGAGACCAAGUCCCUCGACGGCGAGACGAACCUGAAGCAGCGGCGCGCGGUCAAGGAGGCGCGGGGCCGCGUCGCGCCGCGCGACGCCGCGGGCGGCGCCUUCGACUGCGGCGGCCUCGCGGGCGCCGUCGUCGAGAUGGAGCACCCCAACGACGUCAUCGCCAAGUUCGAGGGCACGAUCGCGUUCGCGGCCGCCGGCGGCUCGCCGCCGGAGAAGGCGGCCGUGAACCUCGACUUUGUGUACAUGCGGGGCACGACGGUGCGGAGCGUCGACUGGGUGCUCGGCGUCGCCGUGAACACGGGGCCGGACACGAAGAUCAUGAAGUCGAACAAGGACCCGCCGAUGAAGGAGAGCAGCCUCAUCCUCGCGAUCAACCGCGUGCUCAAGUACAUCAUCGGCCUGCUGACGAUGAUCUGCCUCACGGGGGGGCUCUGCUCCUACCUCUGGAUGAGCAGCAACGCGGGCGAGGACGCGUGGUACCUCGGCUACCCGCGCGCGGACGCGAUCUGGGGCGCCGCGGACCGGCGGGCGUCGCAGGCGCGCGUCGUCAACCUCGAGGAGGCCUGGUUCAUCAAGUUCUUCUACUACUUCCUGCUCAUGGCCCAGUUCGUGCCCGUGAGCCUCUACGUGUCCAUGUCGAUGACGAAGAACUUCCAGGCGCGGUUCCUCGAGUGGGACCUGGGCAUGUACCACGAGGCGAGCGACACGCCCUGCGCCGUCAAGUCCAUGGCCCUCAACGAGGAGCUCGGCCAGAUCUCCCACGUCUUCUCCGACAAGACGGGCACGCUGACGUGCAACGUCAUGGACUUCCGCAAGUGCGCCGUCGGCGGGCGGUCCUACGGCGAGGGCAUCACGGCCAUCGGCGCCGCGUCCCUCGCGCGCCUCGGCGAGCCCAUCCCCGCCGCGGCCCUCGAGGCCAACGAGCUCGCGCGCGCGUCGAGCCAGCCGCACGUCACGUUCCACGACCCGCGGCUCGCGGAGGACCUCGCGGCGCCGGGGCCCCAGCGGGACCGGCUCGUCGAGUUCUUCCGGCUCCUCGCCGUGUGCCACACGGUGCUCCCCGGGCCCCGGGGCCCGCGGAAGACGCGCUUCUCCGCGUCGUCGCCCGACGACGAGGCGCUCGUCUGCGGCGCCAAGUACUUCGGCCUCUCCUUCGAGUCGCGGACGACGGGCCUCAUGACGCUGCGCAACGCCGCCGUGCCCGGCGUCGUCGAGGAGGAGACCUACGAGGUCGUCGAGCUCCUCGACUUCAACUCGGACCGGAAGCGCAUGUCCGUCAUCUGCCGCCGCGUCGUCGGCGGCGAGCCCCGGGGCGUCGUCAUCUACACCAAGGGCGCGGACACGGUCAUGGAGUCGCGGCUCAGGGCCGGCCAGGAGGCCAUGGUGAAGGCGACCUUCGAGGCCAUGGUCGGCUUCAGCUCCGAGGGCCUGCGGACGCUCGUCUGCGGCCGCGCGGACCUGCCGGGCCCGGCGUUCGAGGCGUGGCUCACGCGGUACCGCGCCGCGACGUCGGACCUCGGCGAGAUCCAGAAGCGGCAGAACUUCCUGCCCAACGCCAUCGACGACCUCAUGGACGAGGCGGAGACGGCGUUCGGCGACGGCCUCGAGCUCCUCGGCGCGACGGCCAUCGAGGACCGGCUCCAGGACGGCGUGCCCGAGACGGUGCACAAGAUGCUCGACGCGGGCAUCAAGGUCUGGGUGCUCACGGGCGACAAGCAGGAGACGGCGAUCAACAUCGGCGUCGCGUGCCAGCUCAUCGAGCCCACGGAGACCAUGGAGCAGAUCAUCGCGCGCGCGGCGUCGAUCUGCGACAUCUCCCUGGGCCUGGGCUCCGGCGGGCGGCGCACGGCCGACGCCGCGGAGCCCGCCGGCGGCGCGCCCGGCGACACGCCGGCGCCGCCGGCGAUCCCGCCGUGCCGCGCGGCGCUCCUCCAGCUCGCGCGGCACUGCAAGGCCGUCGUCGGCUGCCGCGUGAGCCCCAUCCAGAAGCGCCAGAUGGUCGAGCUCGUCCGCUUCGGCGGGCGCCACGCGAGCGACCCCGGCGCGGCCGCGGCGGCCGCGACGCGGACGCUCGCGAUCGGCGACGGCGCGAACGACGUGCCCAUGAUCCAGGGCGCCCACGUCGGCGUCGGCAUCAGCGGCCAGGAGGGCAUGCAGGCCGUGAACAACAGCGACUACGCCAUCGCCCAGUUCGCGUUCCUCCAGCGGCUCCUCCUCGUCCACGGCCGCUGGAACUACCGCCGCACGUCGAAGCUCGUCUGCCACAUCUUCUACAAGAACGUGCUCCAGGCCAUGCUCACGUUCUGGUACGCGUCGCUGAACCAGAUGUCGGGCACGAAGAACGUCGUCGAGUACGCGGCGUCGACGGUCUUCUACACCGCGUGGCCCGUGAUCCUGCUCGGCACGUUCGACCAGGACGUGUCCGCGGAGACGGCGCUCGCGAACCCGGCGCUCUACCGCGCGGGGCCCCGCGACGAGUUCUUCACGCGGCCCAUCUUC